UCACCACAGUGUAUUGAGCACAAGCCAGCAGAGACAUGGCGAGCAGCGAGGUCGUGAGACACAACAGGACAGUGCUGGCCAGUCUCAAGGAGGGCGACUUAAUAGAAUUUCCUCGGGGUGUAUAUUCACACUGGGCUGUCUAUAUAGGUAACGAAGACGUGAUUCACCUGGCAGGAGAUGACAAUGACGGAAUCAACGCAGAGAUGCACUCCGCUCACCUGACCAGUUUCAGCGGUCAGUGCUUUGAAAAGGCGGUUAUCCGACAGGACAACUUCUUCGAUGUUGCUGGUCUUAGCAAGGCAAAGCGCAAUAAUGACAGGGAUGGGAAGAAACAACCACUGCCUCGUAGUCAGAUCGUGAAGAACGCCAAGUCGAGGCUGGACGAAGUGGGUUUCAAUGUCCUGAAUAGAAACUGCCAGCACUUCGCCACCUGGUGUCGCUACGGAGUGGCCAGCAGUGACCAGGUCGACUUCUUGUUGGUGGCCACGGUUUUGAGUGUAGGUGUUGUCGCUGGAGCUUUCAUUAUAGCUGUCGCCAAGGGCUGUAACAAAUGGAAGUACCCACGUUAGACCUUGGUCUUGUCCCCUGCUUUAUUCAGUGCCUAACAGUUCAGCCAUGCUAGGAGGUUUGUUUAUUAAACAAUUAUACUAAGUAUAGUCUUUUAUGGAUAUUGUGUGUAUAUAUAUAUAGACCUUAUACUCGCAUGUGUACUGAUGUGGGUUGCAAUAGAGAUGGCUACACCCGUAUGUCUCACCAAAAGGUGUAUGUUUGCAAAAUUGUAAAUGAAUGACCAGGUUGAUUAUAUUACAAUAUGAAUGUAUUUACUAUUCACAUCUAUGUAAAGAUGUUUUUCACACUUUAUAUGUUUUUAAAUUCACCCUCCUCAGUUAAGGGCUAUGGCUUACACUAAAUAAAGUCUAAAAAUUCUCUCUCUCGCUAUUUUAAAAUUAUACAGUAUGCACCACAAACAUAUAGGUCAUGCUAACCUUUCUGUCAAUAAGUGUAUUUUUAGUAUCGAAAUAUUUUUCAUGCUGUAUUUGUUCCUUAAUCGUUUAUUUGUUAUCUAUAAGCAAACUAAUAGUAAAAUUGUGUUCUUGUAGUAGAGCGUGUAAAAUGAGAGAAGAAAAAAGCUAUUCAAACAAGUAAGGAACUAAGAUUUCAGUCCCCUGGUCUGAACAGUGUUCAUGGGAGUAUGCUGGUCUGUGAGUGUCAAUAAUAAUAAUAAUAAUGAUGAUGAUGAUGAUGAUGAUGAUGAUGAUGAUGAUGAUGAUGAUGAUGAUAAUAAUAAUAAUAAUAAUAAUAAUAAUAAUAAUAAUAAUAAUAAUAAUAAUAAUAAUAAUAAUAAUAAUAAUAAUAAUAAUGUUUUUAUUUGGUAGACAUGUGUCAUACAUAUGCUUACAGUUGCUAUUCAACCAUACAUUUUGUAAUAUGUCAUAAGUAAGCAUCACCUCUGGUCUUGUACUGCUUUUGUGUAAGAUUAAAAAUAAUACUUGCGAUAUUAUGUACUGAAUGCAGCUAAGGUAACAGCAUACCUGGGUAGUCAGGUCAAUAAAAUAUGUUUACGAAUUGUGGAUUAAAUUAG